UCCUAUUGACUCUAAUUGUGGUGGCUCUUCAUCGGAAAAAUGGUCGUUGGGUGGAAGUGUAAGACAAUAUAAUUUGGGCAUUUAUUUUCGACUUGAAGCCAUUUGCUAACCAGGAGCAACAAUUUUGAAUGAUCUCUCUCACGCUUUUCUCUGCUAUGGUCUUCUCCUUUUGACCUUUUGUAACAUGCUUCAAUGGCGGCAAUCAAAUUGACUUGGAGGAGAAAGCAUCAAAACAUAGUACCAAAUGAAUGGCAAAAAUGUCCAUUCGUGAACUCCUCCGUUUAAGGUACACCGUAUUCGCUAACUCAACUCUCCUCUGCUCUUCAUCGAAAUUCAACCACCUAUUUUCAUCGCUAUUUUAUUCUACCGUGUUCAAAGCACGCACUUUUCCUCGCCCAACAACCCUUUCGAUUCUCGAUUCAUGUCAAGAUGUAAAGAAAUUGUUUCAAAUCCAGGCUCACUUGAUUACUUCGGGUCUCUUCCAAAACCCCUUUUGGGUAGACAGGGAUUUUUUAUGCUUUCUUCAAAGUUGGGCAACAUUGAUUACAUUGUUUCGAUUUUUCGGUGCAUUGAGGAUCCUGGUUGUUAUAAAACCGCCCGAAAGUGUCACGGCCAGGCAAUUAAAUUUGGGGUACUUGAUAAUUUGCCGGUGCAGAACUGUUUGAUUCAUAUGUAUGGUUGUUGUGGGAUUCUUGAGUUUUCUAAGAAAGUGUUUCUUGAAAUGUCUCAAAAGGAUAUUGCCUCAUGGAACUCUUUUAUUAAUGCUUGUGUUAAAGUUUGGAAUAUGGGUCUGGCUCACAACUUGUUCGAUGGAAUGCCUGAAAAGAAUGUGAUUUCUUGGAAUAUUAUGAUUAAGGGGUAUUUAAAAGCUGGAAAUUCGGGGUGCGCAUUGAAGUUGUUUAGACAAAUGGUGGAACUUGGAUUUAUGGGGAAUGAGAAGAUUGUGGCUAUUGUGCUUAGUGCCUGUUCUAAGUCGGCUAGACUAAAGGAAGGGAGAUCAGUUCGUGGAUUUUUGAUCAAGGAUGACAUGAAGUCAAAUAUAAUAAUUGAUACGGCUUUGGUUAAUUUGUAUUGUAACUGCCAGAAAGUAGGAUUAGCUCGUAGGAUGUUCGAUAAGAUCACAAAUAGGAGUCGAGUUUGCUGGAAUGCAAUGAUUUUGGGGCACUGCAUUCAUGGGAAUCCAGAAGAUGACCUAAAAUUAUUGGCGGAUAUGGUGGAUGGAUGCACUGUUAGAGGAGAAGCAGGUAUUUCUCCCGAUAUCUCUUUUGUUGGGGUUCUGAGUGCUCGUGCAGGGUUGGUAACAGAGGGCAGAAAUUAUUUCAGCCAAAUGAUCAACAGAUUCGGUAUAAAGCUGAACUUUGCUCAUUAUUGGUGCAUGGCAAAUCUUUAUGUCAGUGCCGAAUGUUGCCGAGGAUGUAUCGUCUGAUUCUGUGUUCUUUGCUAACUUGCUCAUCUCGAGUCGUUUUAGUGGAGGUGCGAGUGUUGGGGAGAGAAUAGCAACAUCUCUGAUUGACAAAGAGCCUAAAAACUUCU